CACCCCCGCAUUCUCCACUCACACAGCACAAGCUCGAGCUCCACCACACAUCUCACUACGGGCGGUUCCUCGUUCUAGCUAGCUCCUCUCUGCUGGUUGGUUCAUUGGUUGGGUACGCCAACUGAGCUAGCUUCUGAGCGAUCGAUCGCUUCGAUCAUGGCUCGGGUGUCCCUGGCGCUGCUGCUGGGCGCGCUGCUGGCCUGCUCGGCGGCGGCCAGCUUCGACCAGGAGUUCGACAUCACCUGGGGCGACGGCCGCGGCAAGAUCCAGGACGGCGGCCGCCUCCUCACGCUCACGCUCGACCGCACCUCCGGCUCGGGCUUCCAGUCCAAGCACGAGUACCUCUUCGGCAAGAUCGACAUGCAGCUCAAGCUCGUCCCCGGCAACUCCGCCGGCACCGUCACCGCCUACUACCUCUCGUCGCAGGGGAGCACCCACGACGAGAUCGACUUCGAGUUCCUGGGCAACGUGACGGGCGAGCCCUACACGCUGCACACCAACGUGUUCACGCAGGGGCAGGGCCAGCGGGAGCAGCAGUUCCGCCUCUGGUUCGACCCCACCACCGAUUUCCACACCUACUCCAUCCUCUGGAACCCCAAGCACAUCAUCUUCAUGGUGGACGACCUGCCGAUCAGGGACUUCCGGAACCUGGAGAGCAAGGGGGUCGCGUUCCCCAAGAACCAGCCCAUGCGGCUCUACUCCAGCCUCUGGAACGCCGACGACUGGGCCACGCAGGGGGGGCGCGUCAAGACGGACUGGUCCCACGCGCCCUUCUCCGCCUCCUACCGGGCCUUCAGGGCCGACGCCUGCGUCGCCGUCGCCGGCGGCAAGACCCGCUGCGGCGCCAGCGUCGGCACCGAGGGCGCCGCGGGUGCCGCCGCACCCGCCGGCGACUGGUACAACCAGGAGCUCGACCUCACCCUGCAGCAGCGCAUGCGCUGGGUGCAGCGCAAGUACAUGAUCUACAACUACUGCACCGACCCCAAGCGGUACCCGCAGGGCCUCCCCGCCGAGUGCUCCAUGCAGCAGUAACAACGCCCUGUCCACCAUCAUCAAGCUCGAUCGCCUGCAAUGGCGGAUGCUACACAGAUCAACGGAUCAUCAUCAAAGACGAAGGGCAAGGAAACAUGGGGGGCGUCUCAUCUUCUGUAUGGUAAAUAAAUAAGGA